AUUAAUCUACCCAUCACAUCUUACUUUAUUCAUCACAUCAAAGGGCAUUUUUGGAAAGUGAAUACCAAAAUACACUCCCCUAAAUUCUUUAAAAAUCAAAAUGGAAAGUUUCUUUUGGAGGAAAAAGGGAGUAUAUGACACUAACGCUGUGUUUGGUUGGAGGUAGGGGGAAGUAGGGUAAGGUUAAGUUGAGAAGUUACCUUGUUUGGAUUGAAAUUGAAGAUAGGUAAGAGGAGGUGGAAGGAGGUAACAUUACCUCUGAACAGUGAAAAAUGAGCUACCGGCGGUCAGAGGAGGUUAAACUUUUCUUUUCCGCUUUGCCCUUCUCCUUCAUCGCACCUCUUCUUCUUCAAGGGAUUCAACCUUCCUCUGCUCACUUCUUCAUCUCUAACGCUGCAACUAUCCCACUCAGGAUUCAACCUUCCUCUGCUCACACCUAUUUCUGCACUGGUUCUUCUGGUUCGAUCCCACGUCUCCAAAGCAAAUUUCUGCUGCUGCUCCUUUCUUUCUGCGAUUGGCCCCCUCUGCCAUAAGAGAAUAAGAAAGCCCUAGUGAGAUA